CGACGGAACGACCAGUUGAACAAAGAUUUUGUACCGAUCACAGAUCUUUUUUUUAAUGAAGAACUAAAUACUGCAUAGUGAUAUUAGUAAAUAUAAACAAAAACCGUAAGGGAUGGCGAUCCAAGGAUACGUUAAAUAUUGCCAGAACGUUUCAAGGUAAUCCCGAUUUACUAGUCCAAAAUAAUCCCUAAGCCAGUGAUCAUAAUAUACAAAUUAUUCACACCUAUUUUCACACUAACCCACGCAAACACAACGUGUUUUCAGUAGCAGAUGCUCUCUUUGGGACGAAAUGUUGUGUUCUUAGUUUGACGGUAACUUUUUGCUGGGUCUAGGUGAAAAUAGGACAUAAACAAAUAACAGAUGGGACUAUGGAAGUUAUCCAGUCUGGCAUAAUAAGCUUCUAUUAAUUUAAUCUAAUAUUAAAAAUAACAUAUAACUAAACAUAUGGAAUCUGAAUUGUCGCCAGAUAAUAAAAAAAAAAUACCCCCAGUGCCAAUAAAAACGUAUCAAUGGGAAGAUUUGAAAAAAGCUCGUGAGGCAGGUGGUUAUCCUUGGACACAUCUUUUAAAAGCACCACUCGAAGGUGAAAUAACAGCAGAAGAUAUAAUUAGGGAAACAACACCAAGAAGAAGUAUGUCACGUGAAUUUUCAAAAUCGCGAACCCAUUCUCCUGUUGACAAGGGCAUUCAAAAAAUACUUAAUCUCGACUCGUCCCCGGGAAGCAGCAGAAAACAUAGCGAGGAAGGUAAAGAUGAAGGAGUUCAUGUACCAAAUUUUUCCAAAGAAAUUUCAUUAGACUCAGAAGAUGACAUAAUUAAUAAGACACCCAAUCCAAGCAAAGAAAAAACUGAUAUCCAAAGUAACAUACUUUUAUCAACUCCCAUUGAAAAACCAAUAAGUGUUUCACCAAAAAGUAUAUUGAAACGACGCAUUCCGGAACAACAAUAUAUAGGUAUUUCAGAAACACGAGAAAAAACAAAAUGUUGUCAUCCUUUGGUGAACAAAAUUAAACAUUUAGCUGACAAAACAUUACAAAAGCUUGAUAGAGUUGAAAAUGAAAAGUCUCCUGAAACAAAGCGAAAGAAAAACGAAGAAGUUCAAGAAAUACGACAACUGAGAAACUCUCCUGGGGCUGUUAGAAGACAAAAAUUUAGCGCCAUUAAAUUAGGAAGUUCAGAUGAAAUGACAAAAACUAUGAGCUUAGAUACACCGCCGCCCAGAAAGAAAAAAGAACACAUAUAUGAAGAUAUAGAAGAAUCUAAAGAUACAGAAAAGUCCUUACAUUUUUCACCCGAAGUUGAUAAUAACAGUGGUAAGAAGGUAGAAAUACAAAAUAGUAACAAUAAUGAGAACGAUAGUAUUUUAGAAAAAAAAUCAAAUGCAUCUCAAGACCCUAGCUUAGUUGCUGAAGAUAAUACAUCCUUAAAAACCAAUGAAUAUAUUAUGGAAAAACUGCACAACAUCAACGAUAUAAAUAAAGAAGCCGUACUUUUAGAUGAAGAGAUGGAUUCAGAAGAGCCAAAUGUAGAAGAAGUAUACCAAAAUCAAAAAGAUGAUACGAGAAAAAAUAACGAUUCUCCUAAUAUAACUAUUACAGAAAUAUAUGAUGAUGAUAACACUAUAGAACAGUCAACUGCGGUACCCAUUGAAUCAUCUCCUAGCCCGAGUCCUCGGAAUAACAACCAAAAAUAUGACGAAUCAAUUAAUAAAGAUUGGUCUACACCUAACAGUGAUCACGAAUACGAAAUAAUAGAUAAACCAACCCCGAAUAAUGUUUUUACGGCACCGAGUAUAGACGAGAAACCAACCAUGGUUAAAACAGACGACGAGUUAUCAAGUACGACAUCUUUAGAGCGGAAAUAUUUACAACAUACUUCCGACGAAGAUGAACAAAUUGACGAUAAAGAGAUUGUAAACACUGAAAAAACAGAAGAUUUUAUUAACGCAGAAACAUUACAGAAAGAUAUUGAAGAACGUUUUUUUGUAAAUACACCUUCAACUGCAUCUCGUACUGAAUGUGAGGUUAGUACAAGUCAAGUAGAUUCAUCGGCUUUGGAAAAUUUGCCAUUAAAGCGAAGUAGUCGAAAUAAAAGUGGCGAUGGAGGUGACCAUAAAAUACAACAACGUAUCAAAGAAGGGACAGGCAAACUUAAAACGCAAGCUGGUAAACUUAAAACUAAACUACAUAAUUUAAGAAACAAGCAGUUUAGCUUACCAGAUCGACCUAAAAUUAAUAUGCCGGAGAGACCAAAGUUCAAAAUGCCAGACCGAUCUAAAUUUACAUUGACAGAAAAAAGAAAAUUUAGUUUGCCUGAAAGACCCAAAUUUAAAAAAAUUAAUAUAUCAGAAAAGUUAUCUUUUGGUGAUCGAAAAAAGUUUAGUUUUCCUGACCGACCCAAGUUCAGUGUCCCUGAAAUGCCAAAAUUUAAAAUGCCUGAAAGGCCCAAAAUACAUUUUCCAAGUCUUGGUAGAAAAAAGGAAAAUAAAAUCGAAAGUAAUAAUUCUGACUCAACAUGCGACUUACAGAAUGUAGCAACAGUUGAGUUUGAAGCUAAAACGUAUCCAAGGCUAUUUAAUAGGAAGAAAAAGUCACUAAUACAAAAAACAUCUUCUUCGCCUACUUUAAAUAGAGAAGAUACACCACCACCUACAUUUACAUUUACUAGAGUGAAAAAAGUCAAUCAAGAUGAACCUGCUACAUAUAUACCAGAUAGUCCAGAACAACCAAGAGAAUAUGGUACUGUCGACAAUGAAACCAAUUACGAUACUGAUAUUGAGGGAAGAAAACAGCUUAGUAGGACUUACGAUUUUGAUAAGUUGGAUCAAGUGUAUAUGGAUGAAGAAGAAAACCAGCAAAAUCUUAAUGAAAACCGUAAUGCUAACUCAACAACCGACAUAUCACCUUCUAUGCUGGAGUAUACACACAUAAACGAAUUAAAUAACGACGAAUUUUUUGUUCGACCGAGAGGAAUUUCUCGCGAAAAUAUUCAAGUUCGGGAAUAUUUAAGCGACGAAAUACGACAAGCAUUUAAUAUUCCUAAAAAUGUUCUCGCCGUUAUGGGGAGUAACAAGGAAAUUGAUAGUCGAAAUAUUUAUGUAAACGAACCGGAUGAAGACCCAGAAUUAAUGAAUGAAUGUAAAGAACCUGUGACAUAUUCAGCGGAGGACUUGAAUGACAGAGAUGACGGAUAUUACACAUUCCCACCUGUGAGACCCUCUAGAGCCAAGAGAAAGAAAAGAGAGACUGAAUCAAUUCACUUUAUCGAUGAUAGUGUGACAGCGAGCAUCCAAUUUAGUGAAAUAGACUUAGGAAUAUCAGAAGAUCAGAUAAUUAACAAACAAACAAAUGGAAUUAUCAGUUGUAGUAAUACUGAUCUCAAUAAUUCAAUUCAUGAUUUAGAGCUCAGACCACAAAUUGAUCUUCAUUCUAUACACGAAUACGCAAAUGACGACGUUAUAGAAUAUCCUGAAAGUAUACCAAUACAAUCAAAGACUCUUCCAAUGCCACCUAAAAGGAAAAGGAAAUCUAUAAAAAAAGAUGUAAAACAUUCAUCCUUAAAUGAUUUUACUCCACCCGAAAUAUGGCACUUACCUAAGGAGCAGGCAGAAGAUAUUAUCGUGUUUAGAACUGAACACGAAUAUGUUAUUCCAAAAUCAGAAACCAAAGAGCAGAGUCCGCUACCACCAGGGCGCAAUCGUUCGAGAAGUUCAAGGGCAACAUCAUUAUGCGAUGACGAUCGAACAUCACAUGGUGCAGAUUCGUUAAUCUUAGAUACUCACAUACUGACUACUGACGAAGUUGAAAUUAGAAGUGAUUUACGUCAAGAAAGUCCUGGAUACGCUACAGUCGACAAAGGAAACUACACCCCAAGUAAAACUGUACGACGGUCAAAAAGCAAAACACCACCUAAUAGACAACGUAAAAGCCAUAGCGCUGAACGUAAGUACUAUACUGUAUCUGCAAAGAAAAAUGAACUGCCAAGCCGUCCACCAAGGAAAAAGUCAUCAACAAGUCUUAUGACCUUAAACAGUUUUACAAAAGAUUCAAUGAACGGAGAUCUGACGCAAUAUGAUGAAAUAGAUGAACCGCGUUUUGAUGAGUUACACAAAGAUCUACAAUCAGGUGCAGUUGUAAGUAAAAUGAAAGAUAGACCUUUGCCUCCUCCUCCUCGGCCACCCAGAGGACCAAAACGAAAAAAAAUGUCGUAUGAUAUAGAAGAUCAAAUACAAAAAACUGACAGAAAAUCAACUUCUACGCCUGAAAAUUUACAACAAAAAUCAGAAACACCAGAGGUAAUUGAAAUAGAGGUAUCAACGCAAACAGAUCCGCUACCCGACGAUAUUGACUUUGAACUGGGAUUAGACGAAAAUCUUAACAUAUCUAUGUCUAGUUCCUUAAGAGAUAUUGUUGACGAGGAGUCUAUUUUAGGUAAAGUACAUGACAAAAUGUCAGAGUCACAUAGAACUUCACGACCUGUUUCACGAUCAGAAAAAUCUUUUAAGCUUUCGGAUCUUAAGAUUAACUCAGAAUUACCUAAAACGAAUAUUGAAAGAACUUCACCGACCGUAAUACUUGUAGAAAAAAGGGUUUCCAGUCCAACGAGAAUUAAUGAAAGAGAAGAAAUUUUAACAGAAGCAUCAUUAACUGUUCAACAUAUAGAAAUUGAAGAAUCCCUUAUUCCAGAUGUCCCACCACUCCCCAGAGGAAGGAAUGUACAAACUAUAAGUUCAAAAAAAGUUACUGCGCCAGAAAGUGAUCACGUUGUUGAAAGAGUGUCUGAUGCAAGCAGGGACGUACAGUUAGAUAAUUUAGUUACGCAACGACUUCAAGUCAGGGAUUUAGAUGUGGGACGGCUAAAUGUUUCUGAAUUGCAAGCUACAAAAAUUCUUGUAUCUGACAUCGAAGGCAUGACUUUAAAUGUUAAUGAAAUGGACUCUAAGUCAGGUCAUAUUUCAGUCAGUGGAAUUGAAUUUUCUCAAUCAGUAAUAGACGAAAUAGUGAAAAAAUUCACUCAAAUAUCGACUAACGUUACACCUCCAGUAAUUUCUCAUACGCAACUAACAACUGACAAUAUAAAACCAGUAAGUAGAGAAGAAGAGACACAAACAGAUAAUAUAGUACCUCUUAAGGCAGAAGCAACUAAUUCCAUAACUGAAGAACAGAAACAGACAACAGGACAACUUUCAACUCCACCUCGCUCUGAAACUACUGAAGACACAUCUGCGCCACCACAGAGGCCUCCACCGCCAGAUCUAACACCAUUACUGUAUUCAUACCUUCAGGAUAUAGCUAUACCGACUUCAUCCUUACAGCCUCGCCCACACUCUCAAAGAGAACGGCAUUUAAGUGAAUUUCAUGACCAACAUCAAACACCACCGCCACCAGUUAGGCGAUCCAAAAGGAAACCAGCGGUACUACACAGUGAAUCGAGUUCAGACGAAGGCAAACCAAGGCCAUCACCAAGAAGACUUCCACCGCCUACGAGAAUUCAUGAACCUUCGAUAACAGAAGCGGGUGCUCAAUUUCUUAGAGUAUGCCAAACUUCGAUUAGUAGGACAUUUAAAAACAUUUUUAAUACGUUUAUGACCUAUAUUAAUAGAACGGAAGACAAAAGGGAUGUCCAAAUGGCAAUGGUGAUAUUUCUUGUACUAAUUGCAGGAUUAAUUAUGUUCGGUCUAAGCGAUAGUCGCACUAUUCAUCACCAUCACUGGGAAUUUUUCAAUCCACCAGAUGGAAAGCAAUAAUUAAAGAAUUAAUUCAAAUUAUUUAUCGUACAUAUAUUUAAAUUUGAUUAAUGUUAAAUUACGUUUCUAUAAUAUUGUAUAAUAUAAAAUAAGAAAGCCUUUCAAUGGCGGCAUUAACAUAUUUGUUAUUAAUUUUAUACCCAGCAUUUUGUAAACCAGACCAAUAACCAAACCAACCAGAGUAUGUAAAACAUGUUCCGAUCGUAUAUAAAACAAAAGCUUUAUUUAUUUGUCAUGAAGCAACUGUUUUUAGACAAAAAAUAAAUAAAAGCAUUGAUUAAAAUUAACUGAAGGAAAUCACUUACACUAAUAAGUAGCAGAUUUUCAUAUUAUUUAAAGGUAGCCUAUUUAAAUUAUAUUGAUUUAAAUUAGUUACUUAUUUUACCAAAUUGCAAACCAGAAUAAAAAUCUUAUUUUUGUCAUUCCAUUCUCUUUAAAUAUAAAUCCAUAAAAAGGAAUCAUUUUAAUUUACUUUAAAAAAAAAUGUUAAAUCUGCUACUAUGUACAGUGUAAUAAAUGUAUUGAAUAUUUGAAUUAUAUUGAAAGAGCUACUCUUUCAUUUUAACAAGUAUUAUAUAUAUCUCGGUUUUUGGCCUCAGCUACUUAUGUCCUCGAACGAUUCUUUAUCUAGGUGUAUUGAAUUUUGCUAUUAAUUGCACUGUUAAUUUUGUAAACGUAGUUUAUGGGCUGGUUAGUUACGCAUUUUGUAAAGUUCGUUUUUCUUGUGUAUAUUGUCGUUAAAUAAAUUUGUUAACUAAA